UGGCUACUAGGUGUGUGAUUGUGUGGGGCGGCCUGGGGCGGCCCCGGAGCGGCUGACCCUCUGCCUGCGGGGACGGGAGUCGCCAGGCGGCCGCCAUGGCGGUGUCAGAGAGCCAGCUCAAAAAAAUGGUGUCCAAGUACAAAUACAGAGACCUAACUGUACGCGAAACUGUCAAUGUUAUUACUUUAUACAAAGAUCUCAAACCUGUGUUGGAUUCAUAUGUUUUUAAUGAUGGCAGUUCCAGGGAACUAAUGAACCUCACUGGAACAAUUCCUGUGCCUUAUAAAGGUAAUAUAUAUAAUAUUCCAAUAUGCCUGUGGCUGCUGGACACAUACCCAUAUAAUCCCCCUAUCUGUUUUGUUAAACCUACUAGUUCAAUGACUAUUAAAACAGGAAAGCAUGUUGAUGCAAACGGGAAGAUAUAUCUUCCUUAUCUACAUGAAUGGAAACACCCACAGUCAGACUUGUUGGGGCUUAUUCAGGUCAUGAUUGUGGUGUUUGGAGAUGAACCUCCAGUCUUCUCUCGUCCUACUAUUUCGGCAUCUUAUCCAUCAUACCAGGCAACAGGGCCACCAAAUACUUACCCAUUUAGUGGAUUUUUUGGAGCUUCCUAUAUACCAGGCAUGCCAAGUGGAAUCUCUGCAUAUCCAUCUGGAUAUCCUCCCAACCCCAGUGGCUACCCAGGCUGUCCUUACCCACCUGGUGGUCAGUAUCCUGCCACAGCGAGUUCUCAGUAUCCUUCCCAGCCUCCAGUGGCCACUGUUGGUCCCAGUAGGGAUGGCACCAUCAGUGAGGACACCAUCCGAGCCUCUCUCAUCUCAGCAGUCAGUGACAAGCUGAGAUGGCGAAUGAAGGAGGAAAUGGAUCGUGCCCAGGCCGAGCUCAAUGCCUUGAAACGAACAGAGGAAGACCUGAAAAAAGGUCACCAGAAACUGGAAGAGAUGGUCACCCGUUUAGAUCAAGAAGUAGCUGAGGUUGAUAAAAACAUAGAACUUUUGAGAAAGAAGGAUGAAGAACUCAGUUCUGCUCUGGAGAAAAUGGAAAAUCAGUCUGAAAACAAUGAUAUUGAUGAAGUUAUCAUUCCCACAGCCCCACUAUACAAACAAAUCCUAAAUCUGUAUGCAGAAGAAAAUGCUAUUGAAGACACUAUCUUUUACCUGGGAGAAGCCUUGAGACGGGGAGUAAUAGAUCUGGAUGUCUUCCUGAAGCAUGUACGUCUUCUGUCCCGUAAACAGUUCCAGCUGAGGGCACUAAUGCAAAAAGCAAGAAAGACUGCCGGUCUCAGUGACCUCUACUGACUUCUCUGAUAUCAGCUGGAGAUUGAGCUCUUCUUAAAGCGUUCUUUUCUUCUUUCUUUCUUUCUCUUAUCAGUAGGUGCCCAGAAUAAGUUAUUGCAGUUUAUCAUUCAAGUGUAAAAUAUUUUGAAUCAAUAAUAUAUUUUCUGUUUUCUUUUGGUAAAGACUGGCUUUUAUUAAUGCACUUUCUAUCCUCUGUAAACUUUUUGUGCUGAAUGUUGGGACUGACUAUGCUAAAUAAACUUUGUUGCAUAAUU